AUGAAACCUAACCCGUCCGGACGACUUCACAUAUCUUUGGCCCUGGCUCCAGUUUAUUCAGCUUCUGCGUCGCCACCACGACCGAAGAAGCCACACUUGCCCCAAUGUCAUCUUGUCGCUAGCGCGUUUACAAUUGCCUCUGUCCUCCAAGUUCUGAUUGGUGCACAGCUCCCCAAUCCCCUCCGACCCCUCAACUUUGUCCCACUUCUGACUGAUUUUGGGUAA